AUGGAACUUGAUUUUGGACAUUUUGAUGAAAGAGAUAAGGCAUCCAGGAACAUGAGAGGUUCAAGGAUGAACGGGCUGCCUAGCCCCACUCACAGCGCCCACUGUAGCUUCUACCGAACCAGAACCUUGCAGGCACUGAGCAAUGAGAAAAAAGCCAAGAAGGUACGUUUCUACCGCAAUGGGGACCGCUACUUCAAGGGGAUUGUGUACGCUGUGUCCUCUGACCGUUUCCGCAGCUUCGACGCCUUGCUAGCUGAUCUGACUCGAUCUCUGUCUGACAACAUCAACCUGCCUCAGGGAGUGCGUUACAUUUACACCAUUGAUGGAUCCAGGAAGAUUGGAAGCAUGGAUGAAUUGGAGGAAGGGGAAAGCUAUGUCUGUUCCUCAGACAACUUCUUUAAAAAGGUGGAGUACACCAAGAAUGUCAAUCCCAACUGGUCUGUCAAUGUGAAGACAUCUGCCAAUAUGAAAGCCCCCCAGUCCCUGGCAAGCAGCAACAGUGCUCAAGCCAGGGAAAACAAAGACUUUGUGCGCCCCAAGCUGGUGACCAUUAUCCGCAGUGGGGUGAAGCCUCGGAAGGCUGUACGUGUGCUUCUGAACAAGAAGACAGCUCAUUCUUUUGAGCAAGUCCUCACUGAUAUCACUGAAGCCAUCAAACUAGAAACUGGGGUUGUCAAAAAACUCUACACUCUGGAUGGGAAACAGGUUACUUGUCUCCAUGAUUUCUUUGGUGAUGAUGAUGUGUUUAUUGCCUGCGGUCCUGAAAAAUUUCGCUAUGCUCAGGAUGACUUUUCUCUGGAUGAAAAUGAAUGCCGAGUCAUGAAGGGAAACCCAUCGGCCACAGCUGGCCCAAAGGCAUCCCCAACACCUCAGAAGAGUUCAGCCAAGAGCCCCGGCCCUAUGCGCCGAAGCAAGUCUCCAGCUGAUUCAGGUAACGACCAAGACGCAAACGGAACCUCCAGCAGCCAGCUUUCUACCCCCAAGUCUAAGCAGUCUCCCAUCUCUACGCCCACCAGUCCUGGCAGCCUCCGGAAGCACAAGUGCGGAUGUGGUUUCCCUGUGAAUACCACACUGUGGAGUAGCUUGCUCUAUGACUCUCUUGACUUCCCCCUGCUCACAGCACUUGAUGUGAGAAUGAAAAAGGCAAAAAAAACCACUAAUCUGACUCCACACGGAACCACAGAUGAUGAGGAAACUGAGACCCCCAAAGAUUGUUACUUACCAGGGUAA